ACAUUCCGCCGCUCAGUACUUUCCUCGUGAUGAUAUGAGCUCGGUCGGUUGAUCCGUCGGACCUAUCCCACGAAUUGGCCCUUCUCGUGUCUUGUGUCAGUGGAGUUCUCCAGCCUUGUUGUCAGUGAUGGUGCUAAAUUUACGCUUAUUUUGAGUUUCCUCCCUUCCUCCGGGGGUGAUAGAUGCCUGGUCUCCCAUUCUGCUUCUGGUGCAAGCGAAACAGAAAACGGAUCGAUUUGACAGCUUCGGGCCAAAGAUUUUCGUUUGAUUUCCUCCGAAUCCGAGUUGUUGCGGAGUAGUAAUCGAAUUCGGACCAACCGCCUGACGGAUGGACGCUAUCCGGUCGUGAUUAUGAAUUAGCAAUGCAACUCAAGUGUGGUUUUAUUACUGCGGCAACGCUUCCGAUUUUGGGAGGUGGCGAAGACGAACGGAGCCGAGAAGGUGGCAAAUGUUAUUGUUUCGAAUCAGUGAUAGCUGCUGGAAGCGUGGUUUAGUCAAUCAUUUAGUGGCAGACUGCUGGUGGGUGAGGGUUUUCAGAGUGCCUUCCAACAGGUGCUGAAGAAUCGCAACGACGACGGGAAAAGCACGCAUCGUCGUUGAAAGUAUGAGCUUUUGUGGGUGGCUGAAAAUAUUCAAACGAAAACAUGCCGUCGGCAGUGAAGAAUCCGAAGAACGGACUAGUGCGAUUGGGAAAAGUUCCUCGAAGGGAGCCACCAGUGCCGGGCGGGGUAAGGGGAGUGGCGGUAGUGAUGUGACGGCGGCCAAUGGCGGUGAGCAGCGUGAUGCGACGAGGUUCAGUUCGGCCAAAGAAAAAGCUAGCGGGAAAAGUGAUGUCGACGAAAGUGAUUUGGAAGAUGAUUAUUGGGCCACGGCAGUGGCGGAGGAUGACGCGAAGGCGGACGGGAGUGAUGAAGGCAACCCGCGGAACAAGACGGCUCUCAAACCGGGUCACUCGUUGAUGGACUGGAUCCGGUUGGGCAAUUCCGGAGCAGACCUAGCGGGAACGGGUGGCCGAGUGAGACCGGUUCAACACUCGGAACUAGCGUCGCACAAUAAACCCGGCGACAUGUGGAUGGCCAUCCGGGGGAAGGUCUACAAUGUGACCAGUUAUUUGGACUUUCAUCCUGGUGGUGUCGACGAGCUGAUGCGGGGAGCCGGCAAGGAUGCCACCAAACUGUUCGACGAAGUGCACGCCUGGGUAAACUAUGAAUCCCUCCUUGCCAAAUGCUACAUCGGGCCACUUCGCAGCACCGGAGUGUUCAAACUAGUCCCGGAAGAACCAGAAGACACCUCUAAAUCACCCAACAGUUCUAUGCCUCCACCACCACCGCCAUCACUUCUGAAGCCACCCACCUCGAGCAACCCUGCGGUAAUUGUUACGCCCAGCACUCCCGCAGUUGAGCCGAAGGUCCUCUCAGCUAUCUCGGUGGUAAGCACUUCCAGCGAAGAUUCCGCCACCAAAUCGUCUCCCGUAGUGCCUCGCUUCGACUGGAUCCAAAAGACGGCCGAAGUCACGUUCAUCUUCUACACCAAAGCGCUCUGCAAUCCGGCCGUCGUUGUGGAGUUCGUCAACAAUCUCGAGUUUAACGUUCGGAUCUUCCUCGAAGGAAACGUCCGCCAUCGGUACCAGUUCCAAGUGGCAAACAACCUUCAGUGGCCUUGCACGGUUCGGCAAUCGCUGGAAGCCGGAAAGGUAGAACUCGUGUUCAACAAGCUCCUGCCGGGUCUCUGGACCAACUACGGUCAAAUGGAGCACGAACAAACGGAAAACUACCCCAUGGAGCUGCACGAGUACGACGUGGCAACACGAAUCGAAAUCACGCACGACUCCUGCGCUCUGCUCCUCCGACCAAAGAACAAUUCCAUCCUGCAAAUUACUCCCAUCGGCCAUCACCUGUCCAUUACGGGAACAGUGGCGGAAGGACAGGUCGUGACGCGUAGCUACACUCCCGUGCCCCACUCCGCCGUCCCCACAGACUGUCCGCCGACAUUCGUUCCGCUGCUGGUGAAAACCUACCCACUGGGAGCCCUCUCCAAGCACCUAACGAGGCCGGUUCCGUUGGCCACUGCGCUCCAGAUCUCGCAGCCCAGUGGGAACUUUUCGCUCGCCAAGCUCAAACAUCACAACCGCAUUGCCUUACUAGCCGCCGGCAGUGGAAUCACGCCGAUGCUAGCCUUACUCUGCUAUCUGCUGGAGCGGAGCAGUAAUAAGAUGGAGUCCGUGAGCCUGCUGUAUUUCAAUAAAACCGAAGCGGAUAUCUGGUGCCGAGAGAUGCUGGAUAAUUUAUGCGCCAAGGACAAAAGACUCACGGUUAAGCACUUCCUUUCGGACGUCGAUUCACCCACCUCGGCGCAACCUUCCGCGCCAGCCGCAGCCGGAGAUAGUCGUCCUUCGACGGCCACAACCGGUGAUGGGGCUGCCAGUGCGGAAGACACCCCAUCGAAAGCAACGACGCUCGAGCGGGGUCGCAUCUCGUUGGCCAUCGUCCAGCAGCUUACUAACGUGGAUUCCCCGCUGGCGGCGAGUUUCGUUUGUCUCUGCGGUCCGAAACCUUUCAACGAGCUGGCCUGUCAGCAUUUGGAGCAAGCCGGCCACAACCCGUCCUAUGUGCACAGCUUUCAAGGUUGAAAUGGUGGUUCGGGGGGGAUGGUAGGUAUUAUACACAUUUUAUGGCGACUGUAUUCGGGGUACCGUAAAAUGGGGUAUCUUUGAUAAUGCUUGCUAGAAUGAUCUUCUAAAGGAUACGAAGCCGUUGACUACAAGGUCAGUGCCGUCGAGCGCUCUUGUGAGAGCAUCGCAACUAAGUCGUACGGCUGAUCAGGGCCCCUUCUCCAAUAUUCAUUGACGUUUCUUUUUUUUUUUUUUGAAGAAUAAACAUUAUGUUUUCAAUAAAAAAAAAAUACUGAAAUCGUUGAAAACAAAUUUUGUUUACUGUUUGACUGAAAAAAAUUCAUUUUUUGUUGAACACCCGUUACAAACUAACCUUGUUGAGAAAUUUUAUAAUUUGAAAUCAUAAUAAGACUUUCAAAAACUAGGAAACCUUGAAUAUCUUUGAUGCAAAAGAAAUGUUCAGCAUCAUUGAGGGUAUUAGUAAUUCCGUUACAAACUGGAAAAAAUCGGUCUAAAAUUACGGUACCCAUUAUCAAAAUUACCCCAAAACUGAAAAUCGACUUUGGAUUUUAUGAAAAUUUCGUUUUAAAUAAUGCGUUAUGUAAUCGGCAAACGAUAACUUCUGGUAUCUCAGUUUUAAAAGUAUAAAAUAAAAAUCCUUAAGAUAGAAAUAUUCAAAUACUCUUCCAGAAAUCGAUCAAAGUUACCCCGUUCUACGGUGCCAUAAAAGUGACAAAAGUAAUUAGUGCAUCCAAAUAGGUCGUACUCUUCUUUUAUGUGUAUAUUUGUUCCCAUUAAAGCAGUAAAUAGGCAUCAACAUGAAAUAGACAAUUUCCAGCGGUAAUGAAAGCUACCAAAGCUAAACAUAAAACAACGGGAAUACCGAACGAUUACCAUAACUCACGAAACUAACAAAUGCAAACACGCUUUCGAUCGUAAAUUUCCCACCAUGGAGCACUGUCCGAGGUGGAAAUAGAUAGACAGGUUUUUUUUUCUACUGAAAUUAAAUGGGAAAUAGAUAAUUGAUUGCGAUGGUCACUUUGCUGUGGGUAGUUGCCUAGCAGUAAUGGAUUCUAGGAGACGUGAAGGAAGCAGAACAAUUUGAAUAUUACACUAGUCGAUGAUACCGAUGGGUUUUGUUCACUUCCCCCAGCAAUACCUUCCGUUAAUAUUCAUGAAAUUAUUCAAGUAUUCCAGAGACUUUUUCGAGAAUUCAACAAAGAACCUUUGAAGUGUAAAGAUAAUGAAGUAUUUCUUCAAAAAGUCCUAGCGGUAAUCCAUCAAGAACACAGAGGUUCGAGGCCCCUAAAAGAUGAAGUCUCGAAAAACUAUAUUUUUGUUGGAAACUAUUUAUUAAAUAGCAAUUUAUCAUUGACUUGUGUAGUAUUGCUUUAUUUCAUUCGAGACAUGGAAAACUACCAAAAAAACAAUAUUUACAACGCUUUCUAUCAAAC